AUGACUUUAGCAAUGAGAAUACUCUUAUAUGGAGUGGUAGCAGAUACAGUUGAUGAUUAUGUGCGAAUUGGGAAAAGUACGGAAAUUAAAAGUUUGAAAUACUUUUGCAAUUCAAUAAUUGAAAUCUUUGGACCAGAAUACCUUAGAUCUCCAACAAUAACUGAUAUUUCUAGAUUACUUGCUAUUGGGGAGGUUAGUGGGUUUCUGGGUAUGUUGGGAAGUUUAGAUUGCAUACAUUGGGAAUGGAAAAAUUGUCCAACUGCAUGGCAAGGUCAAUAUGUAGGCCAUCAGAAAAAAUCAACCAUCAUUCUUGAAGCAGUAACUUCUUAUGACUUGUGGAUUUGUCAUGCAUCUUUUAGAAUGCCUGGAUCACACAAUGACUUGAAUGUGUUGGAUUGGUCGCCCUUAUUUCCUAAUCUUACCCAAGGUAAAGCUCCGCUAUCCAUUACACUAUUAAUGGACGCGCUUAUAAUAUGGGUUAUUACCUUGAUGAUGGUAUAUACCCUUAAUGGGCAACACUGGUUUAGACAAUCUCUUCUUCUCAAUGAGCAAAGAAGCAACAUUUUGCAAUGA